UGAGCCGAGCUGAUGUGAGCGCCAGGCAGAGAUACUGAAUAGUUGAUGAGACAAUAGUUAAGUUUGACAGAGGGGACAGGAUGGAAAGUCUGCAACUUAUCUCUUUCUCCAUUCUGGACCGAGACGGAGAACUGUAAUGGAAAAUUACUCUGCGUCCGUGCAUGUGCGCGCCUGAGAGGAGAAAAGAAAUAGAGCGAGCGCGAAGGUGAGGAAGAAAAGUGGAUGAAAUGGUCAGCAUAAAAGAAAGUCCAGAAAUAAAGUUGUCAGAGAGGCGCGGUGAGGGAUGUUAGGAGAGCUCGGGUGAUCUCAGUGCUUACUCAGGGCCUGGAAAUGCAGCGUCUCACACCUGAGAAUCGCAGGAGCUUCAAUUGGAGUGGCUGGAAGACGCUCCUGCUGCCGCAGCUCAACAGACGCUCACUGUUUGUCUACGGCAGUGAGGUGGCGGUGGAGAAGGAGUGUAUCAGACAGAAAGAGGGAGGUGUGUUGGUCAUCCACCCCUUCAGCCGAUUAAGGAGUUACUAUAUUAUGUGCAUGGUGGCCAUAACAUUUCUAAAUCUAAUAGGGAUUCCAAUGGAGAUUGCCUUUCUGGAUGGAAACAGUGGAGUAGGUUGGGAGGGUUUUAACGUGUUCUCAGACACCCUGUUCUUGAUUGAUGUAGGGGUGAAUUUUCGCAUGGGAAUCAUUCCUGAAGACUGUGAGAACACAGAUUAA